AUGACACCUUUGCAUCUCGCGGCAUACGAAGGAUAUGAUGGAAUCGUCGAAACCUUGAUAAGAAGAGGAGCACGAAUCAAUGCUAAGUCUAUACAUGGUACGCCUCUGCAUUUGGCAGCAGCCAAUGGUCACUGUAAUAUCGUGCAAUUUUUACUGGAUCAAAAAGCAAGAAUCGACGUUAAAGAUGGAAAGAAUAGAACAGCUUUAGAAUUAGCGGUAGCGUACGGUCGUUUAGAAGUGGUUAAGAUAUUGUUGCUGCCCAAGAAAGUAGACGUGAAUACCAAAUACAACUGCUCGACGUUACUACACAUGUCUUCGCAGGAACUGAACUUGGAAAUG